AUGCAUUGCUUUUUUGCUGAGCUGGAGCCGUCUAUCUCCAACACGGAACAAAACCUGGCAGACCAAGUUCGGUACAUCAUGCGCUCGAAAAUAUUUGAUGUUGCCGAGCUCGAACGACUACGACGUGAGGCCAUUCCCUCAUUGAAUGAAUUGGCUACGGCUGGCGAUGCGGCUCCUCAGGCGACAGACCAGCUGCUACGCGUAGAAUCCGCCAUGGAUCUUUCAGUUGUGGUUGAUUCGGAAGAUGAUGAAAUGGUCUCCCACGAACUAGAGCAAAUGAGGAGUAUAUUGGAAGAGGCGAUUUUGGAAACGCGCAGCAUGCAAGAAAGAAUUAGUGAAGGAUCUGGGGAUAUUACUGGAUUGCAAGUUAAGCUUCUCAGAACAUAUUGA